AUGCUCAAGUUUCAUAAUGCCUGCACAUUACCCAGCUCCUUCCGGCUCAUUGGCAUCCCUGGGCUGGAGUCCCUGCACAUGUGGUUCUCAAUCCCCUUUGGCUCCAUGUACCUGGUGGCUGUGGUGGGAAAUGCCACCAUCCUGGCUGUGGUCAGGGUGGAGCGUAGCCUGCAUCAACCCAUGUACUUCUUCCUGUGCAUGCUGGCUAUCAUUGACCUAGUUCUGUCCACUUCCACUAUGCCAAAGCUCCUGGGAAUCUUCUGGUUUGGUGCUGGUGACAUUGGCAUGGAUGCCUGCUUGGUUCAAAUGUUCUUCGUACACUGCUUUGCCACUGUUGAGUCAGGCAUCUUCCUUGCCAUGGCCUUUGACCGCUACGUGGCCAUCUGUGACCCGCUCCGUCAUAUGACUGUGCUCUCCAAUGCUGUGGUGGGCCGUCUGGGACUGGUUGCCCUCCUCCGGGGUGCGGUCUACAUUGGACCCCUGCCCCUGAUGAUCCGUCUGCGGCUACCCCUUUACAAAGCCAGGGUCAUUUCCCACUCCUACUGUGAACACAUGGCAGUGGUAACCUUGGCGUGCGGUGACAGCAGGGUCAACAAUGUGUACGGGCUGACUAUUGGCUUCCUGGUGCUGAUACUUGACUCAGUGGGUAUAGCUGCCUCCUAUGUGAUGAUUUUCAAGGCAGUGAUGGGCUUGGCCACCCCUGAGGCCAGGCUUAAGACACUGGGGACCUGUGGUUCUCACAUCUGUGCCAUCUUGAUCUUUUAUGUUCCUAUUGCUGUCUCUUCCCUUAUUCACCGAUUUGGUCACCAUGUCCCUCCUCCAAUUCAUACCUUGCUGGCCAAUUUCUAUCUCCUCAUUCCUCCAAUCCUCAAUCCCAUUGUCUAUGCUGUUCGCACUAAGCAGAUCCGAGAAAGGCUUCUCCAAAUCCUGAAGACAGAAACCAAGAUCAGAUGACAAGUUAUAUUCUCUCAUGAAUUCAUUGAGGCAUGUAAAUAUGGCGGACAUCUGGACCCAACUGAAUUGCAAGCAGUCUGAAGUGUUAAGACACUGGUUUCCAACUUCUGUAAUUCCAAAGGAAUGGUAAG